CCACGAGGUUUGACAGCUCGGCAGCCAAACAUGGCGCCGCCUAACUAGAGCAACACAGCCAAAAACCUCCGUGUUUAUUGUUAUUAUUGGCAGCUGUAAAGAAAUAAGCAGAGCAGAUGAGGAUUUACAUCGAGAGACUGUAAGCGGCUGUCGUCCAGUGGUCGUCUGUCCCGGUUUUAUCCUGCUGGUGUCCGCUUUGUGAAGGUGGUUUGAGGAGAGAAGUGGACUGUCUCUUUCGGUCUGUCGGGUUCUUUAUCUCUGUCUCGAUAUGUUUCACAGGUAAUCCCAGGCCCGUCUUUGAACCCGCCUCCUGCUGAUGAUGUCACAACCACCAGCGAAGCCCUCUACCCCUGUCCUUUCUCCCGGUCCCCCGGUGCGGCCCUCAGCUGCCCUGGACUCCCUCUCCAUUUCUUCCCUUCUGUCUGGGGAUUUAGACGAUGAUGACGAUGGAGGAAUAGGAGGGGAGGAAGGGCUGGGAGACCUGGAAGUGAACCCUUAUGAUGGUUUACCCUUUUCUUCUCGCUACUACGCCCUACUGGAAGAGAGGCAGAAAUUUCCUAUCUGGAGGCUCAGGCAGAGUCUGCUGGAGCACCUGGAGAGCCACAACAUGCUGCUGCUCAGCGCACCGAGUGGAUCCGGAAAAAGCACCCAGGUGCCUCAGUGGUGUGUGGAGUAUGCUUUGUCCUAUGAGUUUUCUCAGGGUCUGGUGUGUUGUUCCCAGCCCUAUUCGGUGACAGCGUCGAGUCUGGCCCUUCGGGUGGCUGAUGAGAUGGACCUCAGCCUGGGCCUGGAGGUGGGCUACAGGGUGUCUCAUGAUGACAGCUGCACACCCGACACCCUGCUCAGGUUUGUCAGUGACGCUCUCCUCCUGGAGGAGAUGAUGUCAGACCCUCUGUUGCAUCAGUACGGUAUCGUGGUGCUGGAUGAGCUGCAGGAGCGCACCGUGCCCACCGACGUGCUGCUGGGCCUGCUGUGUGACGUCUGCCGCCAGAGGCCGGACAACUUCCGCGUGGUUCUCCUCACUCACCCGACGCUGGCGCCUCGCCUCUCCGCCUUCCUGGGACCUUUGGUCCCUCACCUCUCCCUGGACAGCGUGACCACCGACCCCCCUGCCAAAGACCAGGAGGAGGGGUGUGAGGUAGAGGGGGACAGGACGGCCGUGGAGCUGAACAAGGUGGAGACUGUUUACCGGGAGCUUUCCUCUGGGAAGGAGCCGGCAGCUGCAGCCUGUCACAUGGUGCUGGACCUGCACAGACGGGGAGAGGAGGGAGAUGUGAUGGUGUUUUUAGCCAGCGCACAGGAAACAGAAGAGUGUGCGGCUCUGCUGGAGAAAGAGUGUGUAGCUUUGAGUCCUCAGCUCGGUCCUCUCAGGAUUCUCCCUCUCCACGCUGGACUGGGCGGGCUGAACCAGCGGGUCUACGAAACCAACCCCGAAGCCUCUACACUGAGGGAGAAUGACAGCUCAGAGAGCGCGGAUGGCUCGGUGCUGGGGGCCGGAGGUCAGGGGGUCAAGAGGAAGGUUAUCCUCUCCAACUCCCUGGCGGAGGCUUCCUUCUCCCUGCCAGCUAUUCGCUACGUCAUAGACACAGGCCUUCAACUCAAAACUAUUUAUAAUCCACAAAUACGAGCUAAUUCUCAGGUCGUGAGGACGAUCAGCAAGCACCAGGCUGACAUGAGGACGCAGAGGGUGAACAGCCACCUGCCAGGGCUGUGCCUCCGUCUCUACCCUCGCUCUCUCUACGACGGGAUGGAGGAGGCUCACUGUCCGGGGGUGGUGGAGGAAAACCUCAGUCACUUGGUGCUGCUGCUCAAGAGGCUCGAUAUCGCUGACAUGGGACAGUGCAAGUUCCUGGAUAGACCAGCCCCGGAGGCUCUGAUGCAGGCCUUGGAGGACCUGGACUACCUGGCAGCGCUGGACGAUGACGGUAACCUGUCAGAGGUGGGCAUCAUAAUGUCAGAGCUGCCACUGGAGCCUCCGCUGGCUAAAGCUCUGAUCGCCGCCUGCGAGUACGACUGUGUGGACGAGCUGCUCACCAUCGCUGCCAUGCUCACAGCUCCCUCCUGCUUCCUGGCAGUGGACCCCAGCAAAGCGGAGGCUGCUGUGGCUCACUGGCAGCCUCUGAUGCACGCAGAGGGAGACCACAUGACCCUGAUUAAUAUUUACAGAACCUUCAUAGAGCAUAAUCAAGACGAGGCGUGGUGCACAACAAACUUCCUCAGUCAUGCAGCCCUGCGGUUGGCUGUGGUGAUCCGGGCGGAGCUGCUGGAGGUGAUGCAGCGUAUAGAGCUUCCUGUUUCUCCUCCUGCCUUCGGAUGCCAAGACAACUGCACCAACAUCAAGCGUGCUCUCAUCUCAGGCUUCUUCCUCAAAGUGGCUCAUGAUGUGGACGGCUCCGGUAACUACCUCCUGCUGACUCACCGCCACGUGGCUCACCUGCACCCCUUCUCCUCCUACCUGUGCAGGCAGCCGCGCCCCGACCCCCCCAGCUGGGUCAUGUACCACGAGUUCACCAUCUCCUGCGAUAACUGCAUCCGCAUCGCUUCCGAAGUUCACCCUCAGAUGCUGGUGGAGCUGGCCCCUCAGUACUACCUGGGAAACCUGCCGUCCAGUGAUGGCAAAGAGCUGCUGAUGGAGCUGAGGCAGAGUCUGGACCAACAGGACGGAGUAUCAGAUCAGUACGGCAGGACUCACAGAGACGAGGACGGGACGGGAGACACUCACAGUCAGUCCAGCACGGAGCUCUGUGUCCUCCAGUGAGACGAACACAGAGACGGAGCAUCUCAGGAGAAAAAAACGCUGAACACACAGACGUCACUUUAUUGUUUGAUCUGAGAUUUUGUAUGAAUUAGUCUGAAAUGUAAUUUAAGGUUAAAUCAUUUUGAUUUCAAAUGAAUUUUUACUGUAUAGCACAGUAAUGUGUUCUAUCUUAUAUAUGCAGUGGGUAAAUAUACAAACCUUCAUUAUCUCCUUGUUGUGCUAUGUAUGGACUUAAUUUAAAUUUUUAUUAAGUUUUUUAUUUAAUGAGGGAUUUCUG